CCUUGCCGCUGCCGCUGCUCGGCUCCUCCCUCCUCUCGCCUCCUCUGCCCAGGUCGGAGCGAAGGGGGCGGGGCUCGGGCCCCCGGAGUUGAGGUGUGGGCUCGGGCGGCCCUCGGUCCCUGCGCGCUCUGGGUAGUCUUGUUGCUCGUGGCCCCCGCAGGGGCGCAGCGCGGCAGGAAGAAGGUCGUGCACGUGCUAGAGGGCGAGUCGGGCUCGGUGGUGGUGCAGACAGCGCCCGGGCAGGUAGUGAGCCACCGGGGUGGCACCAUCGUCUUGCCCUGCCGUUACCACUACGAGGCAACCGUCCACAGCCACGAAGGUGUCCGUCUCAAGUGGACUAAAGUGGUGGAGCCGCUGGCCUUUACCGAUGUCUUCGUGGCGCUGGGCCCCCAGCACCGCGCGUUUGGCAGCUACCGAGGGCGGGCCGAGCUGCAGGGUGAUGGUCCUGGGGACGCCUCCUUGGUUCUCCGAAAUGUCACGCUGCAAGACUAUGGGCACUAUGAGUGCGAGGUCACCAAUGAACUAGAGGAUGACACUGGCAUGGUCAAGCUGGACCUGGAAGGCGUGGUCUUCCCUUACCACCCCCGUGGAGGCCGCUACAAGCUGACUUUCACUGAGGCGCAGCGCGCCUGCUCUGAACAGGAUGGUAUCCUGGCGUCGGCCGAGCAGCUGCACGCGGCCUGGCGCGACGGCUUGGACUGGUGCAACGCGGGCUGGCUGCGCGAUGGCUCGGUUCAGUACCCGGUGAGCCAGCCCCGGGAGCCCUGCGGCGGCCUGCGCGGGGCCGGGGGCACCGGGGUUGGCGGAGGUGCCUCCGGGGGCGUGCGCAACUACGGCUACCGCCACAACGCGGAGGAACGCUACGACGCCUUCUGCUUCACGUCCAACCUCCCCGGGCGGGUCUUCUUCCUGAAGCCGCUGCGGCCCUUGCCCUUCUCUGGAGUAUCGCUCUGGAAGGGCAAGUCCACCCCCACCUGA